AUUAGAGCCAGCGCUGAGAGGCAGCACUGCUCCUUCUCUCACACCAACCAAGUCUCUUGAUCUGUACAUGCAAUCCCAGGCAGCUCGCGAACACAAACCCGGGGCCAGCCGCCUACUGCUGCUGCCGCCGCCGCCGCCGCCUCUGCCUCCGCCGGCUCUGCGCACCCGGGACUUUUCAUGCACCACACUCACAGCCUCCUUCCCUCUGUGUCCUGAAAAGUGCGACCGUUCUCCCAAGGAAUUUCCACGGUCUUAAAAGGGGAUGAUGCCCCAGUAAUACUCCCUGCCCUGCUCCCAGGUGCCACUCCCUCCCGGGGAAGACUGCUUCUUGUGUGACGCGGGCUAUAGAAAGAGACUCCGAUGGACUUACACCGGGCAGCCUUCAAGAUGGAGAACUCAUCCUACCUCCCCAACCCGCUGGCAUCCCCAGCCCUGAUGGUCCUGGCGUCCACGGCCGAGGCCAGCCGUGAUGCAUCCAUCCCUUGUCAGCAGCCACGACCCUUCGGUGUACCUGUCUCAGUAGACAAGGACGUGCAUAUUCCGUUCACCAAUGGUUCCUACACCUUUGCCUCUAUGUACCAUCGGCAAGGUGGGGUGCCAGGCACUUUUGCCAAUCGUGAUUUUCCCCCUUCAUUGCUACACCUCCACCCGCAGUUUGCUCCCCCAAACCUAGAUUGCACCCCAAUCAGUAUGCUGAAUCACAGCGGAGUGGGGGCUUUCCGUCCCUUUGCUUCCACUGAGGACCGGGAGAGUUAUCAGUCAGCCUUCACGCCCGCCAAGCGACUUAAAAACUGCCAUGACACAGAGUCUCCCCACUUGCGCUUCUCAGAUGCAGAUGGCAAGGAAUAUGACUUUGGGACACAGCUGCCAUCUAGCUCCCCCGGUUCACUUAAGGUUGAUGACACUGGGAAGAAGAUUUUUGCUGUCUCUGGCCUCAUUUCGGAUCGGGAAGCCUCAUCUAGCCCAGAAGAUCGGAAUGACAGAUGUAAGAAAAAGGCAGCAGCACUGUUUGACAGCCAGGCCCCUAUUUGCCCCAUCUGUCAGGUCCUGCUGAGGCCCAGCGAGCUACAGGAGCAUAUGGAGCAAGAACUAGAGCAGCUGGCCCAGCUGCCCGCCAGCAAGAAUUCCCUUCUGAAGGAUGCCAUGGCUCCAGGCACCCCCAAGUCCCUCUUGUUGUCUGCUUCCAUCAAGAGGGAAGGAGAGUCUCCGACGGCAUCACCACACUCAUCAGCCACCGACGACCUGCACCACUCAGACAGAUACCAGACCUUCUUGCGAGUGCGAGCCAACCGGCAGACCCGACUGAAUGCUCGGAUUGGGAAAAUGAAACGGAGGAAGCAAGAUGAAGGGCAGGUAUGUCCCCUGUGCAGCCGCCCCCUGGCAGGAUCGGAGCAGGAGAUGAGUAGGCAUGUGGAGCAUUGCCUUUCUAAGAGGGAAGGCUCCUGCAUGGCUGAGGACGAUGCCGCGGACAUCGAGCAUGAGAACAGCAACCGCUUUGAGGAGUAUGAGUGGUGCGGGCAGAAGCGGAUACGGGCCACCACUCUCCUGGAAGGUGGUUUCCGAGGUACAAGCAGCCAACACCUAGGCUCUGGCUUCGUCAUGUGCAGCGGCAAGGAGAAUCCGGACAGUGAUGCUGACUUGGAUGUGGAUGGGGAUGACACUCUGGAAUAUGGGAAGCCACAAUACACGGAGGCCGAUGUCAUCCCCUGCACAGGCGAGGAGCCUGGCGAAGCCAAGGAGAGAGAGGCACUGCGGGGUGCAGUCCUAAAUGGUGGCCCUCCUAGCACACGCAUCACACCUGAGUUCUCUAAAUGGGCCAGUGAUGAGAUGCCAUCUACCAGCAACGGUGAGAGCAGCAAACAGGAGGCCAUGCAGAAGACCUGCAAGAACAGCGACAUUGAGAAAUAUGUUAUGGGUUCCCGUCCUGGAUCUUUUUCACAUCCAGGGGAAGGAGAAACACAGACUGCAUGGCUUCUUUCAAGAAAUUCUCCACCCCAUGCCUUCAAGGGGCUCUGGAAUAGCUCACAACCUCCCUGGAUCGGGGGCCUGGAGGAUUGGGUGUUUCACUAGAGCAAAGAGUAAAGGCCAUUUAUGUGCUGAGCAGAUCCACCAUGGGGAUGGAGUGGCCUUGGAGAUGGGAGUGGGAAAUGGCUCUUCUGGACUCAUGGCUUUUGCCUUCCCAGCUCCAGCUCAUUCUCUGGUUUAGGGUUUUCAAGUUAGUUUUCUACUCUGGGGUAGGCUGCCCCCAGUUCCAGGCCUUGGUUUCCCAAUCAUUGAAGUUACCACACGGGAUCAGCCUGGUCCUUGGAGAGGAAAGAAGCACAGCUACCCAUCCUUGUCUCCUUGCCAGGAACAUACCAGCAAUCCAGAUGGGGGUGGCACAUACAGCAUUGGGCAAAAUGCCAGGGGGAGGACUCAGCUGUGCAAGUGCGUGUGAAGAAGGAGAGUGUGGUAAAGGCUUUCCAGAGCUGGAAAGCUGAAGGGAUGCUCCCAAGAAACCCACCAGUGCCAGAAGCAGUUGUAGUCAGAGCCUUCCUCAGGUUGCUUGGAGAGAGGCAAGGCAGAGAGAGCCAUGGACUGCUGGAGUGAUGGAUCUGGAGCAUGUCUGAUAUAGGGACACAGCCAUCAGGGAGACCUGCUGGUGCCCCUUUAAGAGAAAACGGUCAGAGAUUCGAGUUUGCCGCUGCCCAUUAAGUGUAUCCCACCAUCCUCCACAUGCCCCCUGUUACACCUAUGCCGAGCAGGGACAGACUGCCUGGAAGCUUUCAGGCUUUCUGGCCCCACUGCCCCCCCAGGCUGGCAAGACAGACCACCCCCUAGGAGAUGGCCCUAGCACACACACCGCCCUUGUGAUUUCUACCUCAGCUGACUGAAUACACCUUCUAAACCUUAGCUCUUACCCUUUACAGCCCUCCUCCAAUAUCCUCAACUACUUCCUGUAAAUCGAGUGUAAGAUAAACUUCCUUUCUGAUUGUGGCAUCUGGGGUUGUCUUGGGCACUGGGUUCCGUGUAGCAACCUUCUGCUUGUCCACAAGUGAGCCUUCCAGGCAGAUGGGGCCAGGGGCCCUUGGCCUUGGUUCCCACUGUUUUCUCAGCCUGGAGGCCUAUCUCCUGGUUGUAGCCAGUGUAGAGUAACAGCUGUUCACACUGUUACUGGUUGAUUCCAGAAUCAGUCUGCCAGGGUUUGAAUCCCAUCUCCCCUACUCUGCGUGAACCUUGGGUAGUCUACUUAGGUUUCUGUGCUUUUGUUGUCUUUGUUGAGUUGUGUCCGACUCUGCACCCCAUGGACUCGAGCAUGCCAGACUCCUCUGUCCUGUACUGUCUUCCAGACCAUGUCCGUUGAGUCAGUGAUGCUAUCUUAACAGUCUCUGCCUCCCCCUUCUCCUUUUGCUUUAGUCUUUCCCAGUGUUCCUUCAUAUAUAAAAUGGGAGCGUUAGGAUCUCCCCAUGGAGUUUUUGUGAGGUGUAAAUAAGAUAAUAAUUUUUAAUCUCUCAGUAAAAUUCCUGGCAUUUAGUAAGUGUUUAAUAAAUUUUAGCUCUUUUAUUUGUA